CUAAUAACAAAACUUCAACCAAGACUCAGGCGGGUGGAGCGGGGACCCCGAUUAUAUAUGUCGAUCGUGUAAUGAGAGGUCUUUUGGUGUAAUGUUAAACGUCAUCGUCAUCUGAUUCGUGUUAUUUUCAUUCACAGAAAAUGUCGUGGAUCCAGGAAUCAAAAUUGAAAUGGUAUGAAACACUAGCUGUAAAUGUGCUGAAAUGUGGGUCUAUACCGAAACAUGUUGCCUUCAUCAUGGAUGGCAAUAGAAGAUUUGCCAAUAAAAGUGGGGUAAAAAAAAUUGAGGGGCAUUCAAAAGGGUUUGAUAAGUUGGCGGAAGUUUUACAGUGGUGUCUGCUACUUGGGGUGAAUGAAGUUACUGUUUAUGCUUUCAGUAUUGAAAAUUUUAGACGCUCUGAGGAAGAGGUGGAUCAACUAAUGUCACUGGCAAGAGAAAAGUUCAAAAGACUUUUGGAAGAAAAAGAUAAACUGAAUGAGCAUGGCAUCAGUAUUAGAGUAAUUGGUAACAUUGGCUUACUUCCUGCAGAUUUACAAAAGCUAGUUGUUGAAUCAAUGGAAUCAACUAAAUCCAACACUGAAGCUGUUUUAAACAUAGCUUUUUCGUACACAUCCAGAGAAGAAAUGACACAUGCUGUGACUGAAGUGGCAUGGGGUGUACAUAAAGAUCUUUUGAAAAUUGAUGACAUUGAUGAAGACUUAAUCCAAAAAUGUUUAUACACCCGACAUUCCCCCCAACCUGAUCUCCUUAUAAGAACUUCCGGAGAAGUGAGAUUAAGUGAUUUUCUACUUUGGCAAACAUCUUGCAGCACCCUCUACUUUACUCCAGUUUUAUGGCCAGAAUUUACUAUUUGGGAUCUUUGUAAAAGCAUUCUACACUACCAAAAAAACUUACCUGUCCUGGAGAAAGCCCGGAAUAAUUCGUUUGAUGGGAAACGACAGCCAACAAACGAAAACAUAGAAAGGACAGAAAAAUUUCUCAGCCAAAUGGAAGUGAAAGAAUCUCGUACAAGAAACCAGAUUUUAACACAAGCCUAGACCUUUCUUACCCGUUUAUUGUUUCCAAUCUAUGUUAAAAUAUAUAGAAAUAGUGCUGGGGAAGUUACACAGAAAGUUGCACAUUUAUGACUAAGUGAAUGUGGUUUUCCAGCAAUCAGAUCCAUUCUUUAGGGUUUUUUAAUAUCUCCGUAAGUUUGGCUUCUGGGGUUCCAUCAGAGGGAGAAUGCAUGUAUUCCCAUUUCUGAAAAAAGAAAAAAGCGAAAAAAAAUAAUAAUAGUUUCCCAUGUGAGUAGAAGAUACUGUGCUCUGCAAAGAACUCACGGCAUAAACUGGAAGAGACAUCAGAAUACUCUCUAUACGAGCGCCCGGAGUAUAAAGUCCAAACUUUGUCCCACCUUAUAGGAGUUCAAAUUUGUUUCAAACAAAAAUGCAAAUAAAAUUGACAAAAAAAUA